AUGUCUCUCCUCAAAGUCUCAGGCACCAAACUCGUCGACGAAGCUGGCAAUGAAGUGGUUCUCCGGGGCGCUGGCCUCGGAGGCUGGAUGAACUGCCUGUGGCCACCAGCUUCUACUUAUAACUCUGCAGGCUAUCCUGGAUGUGAAUACCAAAUUCGUGAGGCAUUGGCUCAAACCAUCGGGCAAGAAAAGUCCGACUUUUUCUUCGACAAAUUCCUCGAGUAUUUCUUCCAAGACCCCGACGCGAAGUUCUUCAGCAGCCUCGGACUGAACUGCAUUCGAUUGCCGUUCAAUUACCAUCACUUCGAAGAUGACAUGAACCCACGCGUGCUGAAGGAGUCAGGUUUCAAGCAUCUCGAUCGUGUUAUCGAGCUUUGUGCGCAAAACAAUAUCUACACAAUUCUUGACCUGCAUACUGCGCCAGGAGGUCAGAACACAGACUGGCACUCUGAUCACGGCGGCCACAUUGCGAACCUCUGGAACCAUAAGGACUUCCAAGACCGCACCAUUUGGCUGUGGGAGAAGCUCGCGGAGCAUUACAAAGACAACAAAUGGAUUGCAGGCUACAAUCCACUCAACGAACCCACCGAUCCAACCCACACACGCCUCAUCGCCUUCUACGACCGUCUGCACGCCGCUAUUCGCGCUAUCGACCCCGAUCACGUCAUAUUCCUCGACGGAAACACUUUCGCUUCAGACUUUUCACGCUUUGGUGACGCACACAAGAAUUGGGACAAUACUGCGUACUCGAUCCACGAUUAUUCUCUCUUUGGCUUCCCCAGCGCACCGGAAGCGUUCGUAGCGAACGAAACGCAACUGAGACGAUUGCGAAGGAGCUACGAGAAGAAACGCGAAUGGAUGGAUGAACGUGGACUGUGUGUUUGGAACGGUGAAUGGGGCCCAGUCUACGCACGCAAGCAAUAUGAUGGCGAAGCAACCGACGAGAUCAACGCAACGCGAUACCAAGUUUUGAAAUCUCAGCUCGACCUCUAUAAUCAGGACAGAUGCAGUUGGUCUAUCUGGCUCUACAAGGACAUAGGCUUCCAAGGAAUGGUGCAUGUCGCAACCACGACGCCGUAUAUGACCAUUUUCGAAUCAUUCCUCGCAAAGAAGCACCGACUCGCGACUGACGCUUGGGGUGCCGAUGACGCACAAGUUAGACACAUCUAUCAGCCUCUCAUCCAGCACAUCCUCGAUGAGAUCCCAGAGCCCAAUCGCGCACUCUACCCACACCCAAUCUGGCGCUUGUCCGAUCGCGUCACUCGGCUUUCUCGUAACAUUCUCGUUGCCGAGUAUUUGGUGAAGGAGUGGGCAGACCACUUUAUUGGCAAGAGCACGGAGGAGCUGGAUGAAAUUGCUGCCAGCUUCAAGUUUGAAGCUUGCAACAAGCGGGAGGGAUUAAACAAGAUCUUGACCGAUAACGCCAAACUUGUCGCUUAA